GGGAGUUGAAGUCUAAAACCCCUGGGGAGAGGCCCGAAGCUUGCCCAUGCCUGGUUGAAGAGACGCGCGCUGGCCCAGGAGCCUGGUCAGGGCAGGCCGGUCCCCUCCGGGCCUUCUCUUCUCAGGCGAAACCUCUUCCGCUUCGCUCCGCCCCCUCCCUUUGCUCAGUUCGACGGCAGAAGGGAAGAAAGCCGGUGAGCGAAGCGCGGCGGGGCCUGUGAACUCCAUGGCGGCUCUCCUCCUCUCGCCUCGACGACGACGGAGGCGAGGAAGGCGGCGGCGGCGAGGAGGAGGCCUCGUCGUCCUCCCCCUCGGGCCCGGAGGGGAGAGAUGCGCGGCGGCGGCGGCGGCGGGGCGGGCCUGGUGUGGCUGGCGCUGGCCUUGUGGAGCCACCAGGCCUUGUGCCAGGCGCCCCCGCCGCCCUUCUCCCCUCCGGGCCUGCGCUUUGCCUCCUUCGAGGUGAUCGUCCCGCGGAAGAUGGCGGCGCCUGGGCGAAGGCGGGAUCCACAGGAGCUGAGCUACCUGCUGGAGGUGGAGGGGGCGGGCCUGGUGGUGCAGCUGAGGCGGGCGAGGGGCUUCCUCCUCAGGCACCUGCCCGUCUUCACCUACAGCGAGGAGGGCGAGCUCCAGGUGGACUACCCCUUCCUCAGGGAGGACUGCUACUACCAGGGAGCCCUCCAGGGCAGGCCCUCCUCCUCCAUAGCCGCCCUCAGCACCUGCUCAGGGGGCCUCAGGGGUUUCUUGCAGGUGGGACGGAAGCUGUAUGAAAUCGAGCCCGUCCAUGCCUCGGCCACCUUCCAGCACGUGGUGUAUCGCUUGGAAGACGAGGCUGGCAAAGGGCGCAUGGGGUGUGGGCUCACCGUGGAGGAAAGCUGCCCUGAAGCCGUGAUUCCGGUGCAUUUCGUAAGUGAAACGCUCCCUAGAGACCUUUGGAGGACACGUGCCAGGUACGUCAAAGUGGCAGUCGUGGUGGAGCACGCGUUGUAUGCCCACUUUGGCAGGAACGACACGUUGGUGAGCCAGCGAAUGGCGGAGGCUGUCCACUUGGCGGACUCGCUCUACAAGCCCCUGGGGGUCCGUGUGGUCCUCGUAGGGCUGGAGAUCUGGUCACAAAAAAACCUCGUGGUGAUCCCGAAGAGCAUGAGUGAACUCCUCGGCGCUUUCAACAGCUGGAGGCAAACUACGCUCGUCCGACAUCUAAGGCACGACAUUGGCCACUUAUUUGUAUAUCAGCGUUUCGGAUCGACACUCGGGAUGUCCUGUGUAGGGUCGGUGUGUGAUCCUACCUGGGCGUCUGCUGUGGAGGCAUUUAUUACAUCCAGUAUGCUGUCUUUCGCCAUAACCUUUAGCCAUCAGUUGGGACACAGCCUCGGUAUGCGGCAUGAUGAAAAGGGCUGUUUUUGUAACCACCGUUCUUGCAUCAUGGCUCCGAUCCAAAGUCACACAAGUAGCUUCAGCAACUGCAGCUAUGACAGCUAUUUUCAGGUAAUAAACAGUAAUAGUAAACAAUGUCUCUUGGUUCCUCCAGAACAUGAGAAAUUAUUUGAACUCAAAAACUGUGGCAAUAAGGUGGUAGAAAGCGGAGAACAAUGUGACUGUGGUUCAAAAUUGCAUUGUGAAUCUGACACAUGCUGCCAGUCCAAUUGUAUGUUGCGGUCAGGAGCCACAUGUGCUUUUGGAAAGUGCUGUGCCAACUGUCAGUUUCUUCCAGCUGGAACAGUUUGCAGAGAAAGAACUAAUGUCUGUGACCUUCCUGAGUUCUGCACUGGGGUUACAGAAUGGUGUCCCGAAGACACAUAUGUACAAGAUGGAACCCCAUGCUAUGAUGGUGCAUAUUGCUAUCAUGGAAAAUGCUCUACUCACAAUGAACAAUGCAAAAGAAUUUUUGGUAAACAAGCAGCAGUUGCCCCACUAAGCUGCUUCAGAGAAAUAAAUAUUAAAGGCGACCGUUUUGGUAAUUGUGGCAUUGCUGAUAAUACCUAUAGGAAAUGCGAAAACCGUGGUGUGCUAUGUGGGAAAAUCCAGUGCAUAAACAUGGAUGAAAUUCCUAAUUUAGUUGGCAAUAGCACCAUAAUCCAAACCUAUGUUAAUAACAAUUUCUGCUGGGGUACAAGUGACCUAAAUGAUACUGGAGCAGUAAAAGACGGCACAAAAUGUGGCAAUAGUAUGAUAUGUAUUAAUAGGGAUUGUAUCAAGGUGUCACUCUUGAACUAUGACUGUAAUCUGACAAAGUGCCAUAACAGAGGAGUAUGCAAUUCCCAUAAAAAUUGUCAUUGUAAUUAUGGGUGGGCUCCUCCUAAUUGUCUAAAAGAAGGCUACGGCGGCAGCAUUGACAGUGGACCCUCUCCACCUAACAGUGGCAAUAUUGGAAUGACUAGAAGCCUUGUAAACGUUGUUGCUGCUUCUGCAGUUUUUAUUGUGGGAGUUGGAAUUUUGUAAGAAAUUUAACAAUGGGAUUAUUCAAAUGACCAUAGUUCACUUACUGAUGUUUCCAGUGGUAAACUCCAGUAAGUUCUCAAAUGAGGAUAACUCCUGAAGUGUCUGAUCUGAAAUUGUAAAGUGAUGACCAUAUAAAAGAUGUGGUAUGCUGCAAUGCAAAUAAUGCAUUUUUGUUUCUGGUAAAUAAAAUUGGUUUCUUAACAAUUUUUAAAGGCAAUUUCUGCAUAUAAUUAGUUUUCUAGACUUAAUAUCUUAGAAAAUACAUGGGCAUGCAGGUGGUAAUGCCUGGGGAUACCAUCAUACAGAACUUUUUAUGAUGGUUACUUUGAAAUGUCACAUAAACAUAACACUGAGUUAGAUCAGCUCCAUUUGCUUAAAUUAGGUUCUGUGUCAUUGAUAUUAUUUGCAAGUCACAUAAAUCAUCUGUUGGGAAUAUAAUAUCUUCAAAAUAGUUCCAAUUUUGUCCCAUAUUCUUAUGAGUUGUUAUAUUUUUAUUUAUAAAUGCUGCUCCCUGAAUAGAGCCAAACAUUCUUGUUCAAGGUCAAGUACAUUUAAGAAACAAAAUCAUUUUUGGCACAAUGUUUUGGUUCUGCAUUAUAUUUCUUGAAAUAAUUUCUAUGGGUACAGGCAGUUAAUAACAUUUCAUUAGAUGUUUGCAGGGUUUGUUCAAGGAAUUCACCUGGAUUCCUGGGCAUAGCCAUUUCACAUGUAUAUGUUCAAUUAAAUGGAUGACAUCACAUUAUUUGCACAUGUGUAAAUACAGAAGAUUGUUGCUCUAUGCCUUUUUGUGGAGGUGAAGUAUAUAUUGGGACUAACUUGUACAAGGGUUAAAUGAAAGAUAACUGGAAGCCUGACAAAAUUAAAGUAGUAAGAGAGUGUUGUCCAAGACAAAUCUAAUUAGAUGAUGCAUUCGUAUAUACUCUAAUAAACAGUUCUCUGAAUCACAAUAUUGCCAAUGCAGUCAAUCAGCAUCCUAGUUCUUCUGUAAAUUCUUAUAGAGACAAAAUAAAACAUUUCAAAAUGGCACACUCACAAUCUUCUCACUCAAUUUUUUUAGGUAUAAUCAGCAUUAGAGUGAGAGAGGUCUUGGUCACAAGAGCAAAAACUGCAUAGAAUCAGACAUAAAUAUUCUACCAUAGCAUAAAUAUUUGACUACUGACCUUGCCAAUCCCCUCUCUUUUAUAUUAAUGGUAUAUAUCAUUUUUGAGUAGCGACAAAACAUUUUAUGAUCACCCCAACACUCAUUUUGACUGCAGCGAUAUUUAAUCAUGGGUAAUUGUGCUGGGAAUUACAGUAUCUAUUGGUGGAAUGACUGACACUGCUAUUUUAUAUGCAGGUCUGGUAUGUUUUUUUGUAAAUGAUCUUACAAACAGAAAAUCAACACAUAUGUCAGACUUGCAGUGGCAGGUGUUAAUUCAGUCAGAUUCGUGUGAUUUUGCAGGAGACAACAGUGCAGACUAGUUGUAUAUACAGUAGUAGUGAAACCUGAGAACUUCAGCAUCUGAAGUCAAACUGGCUUUAAGGAACUCACAAAUGUUAACAGGAUUACUAUAGUGAAACGUGUCUAAUUAAAAAGCUUGAUUUAUAA